UUCACGCUACACCGGUUUUGGGUAAACCGUGGCAUUUGAGAUAUUACGGGAAUACGUAGGGUACAGUGCAUCCGUUAAACAUGCGCGACUUUCACUACACACAGAACAUACACGAUGUGUUUCGCAUCGCGUAAUAUGUCCCUGGCCCUGUGCGCACGAGCCUGGACUCAUCGUGACUGAAACUGAUAGUUUGUUGGAGAGUCGGGUGUUUCACAACAAAAGAUAGAGCGUCGUAGGCGUUGAUCACCACACUCUCAGCAGGCCUCCAACACUCAAAGCGUGCCUGACAAAUUUUGAUUGUUGCGUCGUGGGUUGGACUGGUGAUGGAUUCCUCCAGGGAGUAUCGCCCGUUGCUCAACAAUUUGGACACCAGGCAUGCCCAGCCUGCUUACACUGGAAGUGAGAUCUUCCCACUGGAAAAUCCUACCGGUGGAGCCGGUCCUGGGCCUUCUGCCAAGUCGACGAGAGGCAAACCCUGGCCGUGGAUCGUCUGGUUUCUGUUGAAGAUCAUCGGACUGUACAACUACCGGCGCAUUGUGACGCGCCGGCCGUGCCAUCUCUGCCUCUUGGCCGCCGUGCAGAGGCGGCUCCAGCGGGCCAAUGGGGAGGAGGCUGAUACCGGCCGGUGCGGCCUCUAUCCCGGAGCGGAGAUGCCGAUGAACCAUGGUGAAGACGGCGAUGAUGAUGGAGAUGAUUACAAAGAGGAGCAACUGGUCUGUCUUGUGGACGGCAACAUGAACAUGGUAUUCGAUGAAGACGGUCCGCGGAGUCCUUCCGACGAGGUGUGUGCAGUCUGCCGGAGUGAAUGGUGGGAUGCGCGGGGUAGGUUCCGCCCGUACUCGGAAACCGAUAUCGGUGUCCGGAAGUGGAACCACUGCGGCAGUGCAGUACUCUCUCUCAUCUGGCCCUUGACGCUGAUUGGUCUCAUCAUGUACGACUUCUGCUACUAUCUCCAUGACUACUGGGGACAGGAGAAGCAACUCAUCCGCCUCAUUAGCUACUCCACCUUCCUCUCAUUCAACUUGUCCAGCCCGCUCAUGAGCCUCGUGGCCAACAUCCAGAACAUGAUGGUGGAUCAUCGGUGGUCGAGUAGGCGCCGCGGCUUCAGCUGGUACGAGUGCCUGGGCGUGCGGUACAUCGUGAAACGCCUGCAGCACUUGGGGCUGGGCGAGCAGGGUCUGGUGUACAAGCCGUACCUCACGGUGUGCAUCGUUUGGCCAGUCGUAAACGGGGUAUACCGCGCUCUCAUCUACUACAUCUUCGUUGAGAACAAAUCCAGGAAUACCCAUAUUCAAAUCUCCCUUGCCGCGGGCGCUGUGGGCAUGGUAGUCUGGGGAAGCUUCUGUUAUCUGAUGCUCCUGAUGCGUUUGUCCUUUCAGAAGCAGCAGCGCUUGGAGCUGUCCUUUCUCUGGCGUCACGCGGGGCAGCUUGACGUCUGCAGGGGCCGGCUGGCUCUGUAUGCCCAAGAUCUAGGUAGCAUGUGCAGGCUUGUCUCCGUUUGGGUCAUCAUGGUUGUAGCGGUCUCCACUUGGUCUUUCACCACCCAGAUCUCCUGGGACUACCUGGUCAUCAGCAACGACCUCAAGUUCCACAGUGCGACCCUGGAGGUCAAUAUCAACUUGAUGAUCUGGUCCGAGAACUUCAUGUUCCUGAUCCUGCCCCUGGUGGCGCUGGGCGGCUUCGACCUGAACAAAACUUGGGUUCAGUUCGUCAGAAACGUCAGCCAGAUAAGGUCGGAGGCCCAUGAGGUUUUUUGGGACAAGCUUCUGGCCUUCUGCGAGGAGCAGUCCCCAGUCUACAGGGUGGAGACCCUGACACUGAUGUUCUCUGCUUUGGGUCUGUUCCUUGGUCUGCAUUUCGGGGACCAGAAUGUUGAGUACUGGAUGAAACAAACACCUAAUGUCACCAUGGUGGAUCCCAUUCAGGCCGAUAUAAUGCCACCAAUCUAAUAAACUUAAACAAGGCAUUAAACGUAUGCACUUCCUUCUGGAGAAUCACGUCUCAUAAUUGUAGAAAAUGUUUAAAGUAGCUGCUGCUAUGCAAAAAGUUGUAAUAAUGCCUGCUAUGUAGAAUUAUCACAAGGUAAUUGAAUGAUGUUUAUGUUUUUCUUUCUCUAGAACUCUGUUUCAUAAGUUAAAACCAAAUGUCUAAAAGCAACUGUUUAUUAUUCGCAUGUCAAGGUGGGGACUCUGUAGGCCGGGUCAAAUGAAGGUGGUAGGGUGGUUACCCCCCCCCCCCCCGACUGACCAACUUUAAUUUGUUAAAGUCAUAAUAGAAAAUCAAUUAAGUUCACUGCAAAUCUUGAUUAAUUUCUCCGGGCCUUUCGUGUUGUUAUAAGUCGACUUACCGCCCCCCCCAGAAAUAAAAUCAUGAACUUCCCGUCCCAGCCACCCCCGAAUCCUGAAUUCGCCACUGAGGCCCUACACGCAAUGACAACCCAACGGUUAUAUAUCGGUUUCAGAACGAUUAAACGAGG